CCGUCAUCACCUCCGCCUCCACUCUUCCACCUCGGAUUCUCGGACUCCGUACGAGUCAUCCACCAUGGCCGCCGUCUCCUUCUCCUACGCCCUCGAGCCGCCUGCCGGCAUCACUGCCCCUGCCGAGCCCAAGGCUGCCAAACACUCCUUCCCCGUUGUUCCAGGCGCCGGACGCUCCGCAACCGAGGCGUACUACACCGCCGCGUCGGCAGCGCUCAAGAGCGCGCAGGCACAAGCCAACGAGGUGUUCUCGGCGUGGAAGGACGCGGUCGGCGAUGCUGAGAAGCAUAAGGAGAACCCAGGGAACGUUGGCAAGGGGCAGGGCAAGGCUUCGCGCAUGAUGGCCGCGAACAAGGCCGCUGAGGCCGCAUUUGAUGCGCAGGAGGAGGACGAAUCUGAUGAGGACGGCGUCGAUCUCGCAGAGGCAGGCGCUUAAAUGUCAGGCCGAACGAUCGGCGCCGUUUACAUGGAGCCAGCGGUGGCACUCGACCGUACCCGCUUCUCGCAGAGCUACAGAGCUACAGUUUGCAGCAUGGCAUCAGGACUUCGACAGUGUCCAUGACCAACCAGAGGCGAUGGCGUUGUCGCAUUGAGAGUCGGUCGGUGAUCGGCGACGUGCAGCAAGACUGCCAAAUCGGCGAGAAGCGGCGCUGGGGACUACGACAGGAUGCACCACUUCACUACUCUUAACUUACAAUGAUGCAGGAGCCUCGGCCCGCGCGUUUCCAGACCUGCAUCUUGCUGAUGGCCUAACCCGCCGCUCUGGCGGAAGGUGUCCAUUCAGCAAAUACGACGGGUUUUGCC